UCAGAUUCCUAAAAAUAUUUUGACGUGCCCUAUGGUGUGUUGGCUGCGAGUCCCGUGAGCCAAUCAGAAUGUGAGAUGGUACAGUUUGAAAUUGUUUCAGGAAGUUUCCAACCAGUGCUUUUGAAUCAGGAAGGUAUAAACAAACACAUAUGCUAGCUAGCUCCGCAUUAAAAUCUCACUUAUUUUCUAAUCGUUACAGCAAUUUAUUUUAAAAAACGACAAAGCACCUAUACGAGAGAGGUUUAUGCUUUGUUAGCACAGAUUGCUUCGUUAGAUAUAGUCGUGAAAUACUGAAAUUGUUUUGCUAGCGUACACUGUUUGCUUACUCGGUAGUGCCAUCAGCCAAUGCCUGGUGCUAGUUAGCUACAUAUGCUAACUGGCAAGGUAAUCUCUCCGUUUACGGUUAGAUAGCUAGUUAUAGAUAGCUACCUGCAGCGUAUCUAUCUCGCUAACGUUAGCUAGCGUGUUAGCCAAUGAGCUGCUGCAUUGACAGCACUGAGUGCGGUACCGUGGAACCAGUGAAACCCGGCAUCAGGAUUCAUAACUUACUCGGAAAGGAAAGCCGAAACCUCAUGUCUACAUCCAACUUCAAAAAUAAAUGUGUCUCUGAGGUGAGCUGUAUUUUCUGCGACAGCUUACUCUGUACGAGGGGAAUGAAAGCCGUGCUCUUGGCAGACACAGAAAUUGAGCUUUACUCGACGGACAUACCACCGAACAGAACUGUCGACUUCGUCGCAAGUUGCUACUCCACAGACAGCUGUAAAUGCAAACUAAGAGAUAUCGCAUGUCUUAAAUGCGGUAAUGUGGUGGGAUAUCACGUGGUGGCCCCAUGCAAGCCCUGCCUGCUGUCCUGCAACAACGGGCACUUCUGGAUGUUCAACAGCGACGCGGUCUCCACUGUCAACAGGCUGGACUCCUCCGGGCUGAACUUGUUGCUGUGGGGGGACUUGCCAGAGCUGGAUGUCAGUGAGGAUGAGGGGUCGGACGGCCUCUCUGAGGAAGAGUGGAUCCGCUAGAGUGUUCCGGAAUCCUGGGUCCUCCUACGGGCCUCGGGGGAACCUCUCUGUCUCUCAGGUCCCAUCCAAUCAGCGGCCAUUCAGUACGUCACCAUGACAACGUCACACAGGAAGUUUCAUUCACAUCCCCCGGACUAUCACCGCCUUUAUCCUCAGCCUUCGGCUCGACUGUUGAUCAAAGGUUAGCUGCCCGUGUGACCACUGACCGGUUCCCCCACUGACCGGUUCCCCCACUGACCGGUUCUCCCACUGACCGGCUCUCCCACUGAACGGUUCCCCUGCUGACCGCUCCCCCGCUCGCAGUGCGUGUUCUCCGCCUGGUCCUGGCAGAGUCCACGCUGCUAGCGGUCUCCUGUGUCACGUGUCCUCAUCAGAAACCCUCCUCAUUCGGCGCUGGCUGUGAACAGUAAGACUGUUUGUAGCAGAGCAUUUUCCCCUCACUCUGUUCUGAAACUAUCAUAGCUACAAAUCACCUGCGGACCAUCGUAUCAAAACACAGGUCAUGAUAAAGACUUAAAGCUUGAGAACACGGGUAUGGUCAGAAUGAAGUUUCACUCCUGAAACGUGUGGCAUUUAUAGGAUAUAUUUUUGCUUGGCAGUGAAUGUGUGCAUGGGACGAUGAGCUCUGAUUGGCUGUGUGCUCAGGCUGGGGUUAGGGUGUUUAAUGGGAUUACGCGCUCUGAUUGGCUGUGUGCUCAGGCUGUGUUUAGGGUGUCUAUUGGGAUGAUGGGCUCUGAUUGGCUGUGUGCUCAGACUGGGAUUAGGCUGUGUAUAGCAUCUUGCCUUUCUGCAGAUUUCCUGUAAUCUAAGGAAAUAAGCAGAGCUUGCUUUACCAAAAGAUUUCUUGUGUGUGUGUUGUUGUUUUGGGUGGGUGAAGUGCUUUCCAUUAGGUGAAGUCAUAUGACUUUGGCUGAGACCAUGUGGCUAAUGGCUACUGCAGCGCGAGCCAGUUUUCUGAAGCCAGAAUGCUGGUGUUGAGUGAAGGUUGUUGGUGCGCUAAGUCUGGUGUGCAGACAUUGGGUAAGCAGAUAAAUAUGUAUGACUGAUAGUCCUGAAGGUGUGGAGCAGUUCCUCCUGCAGAGAUAAUCGAGCGGGGGGCGGCUGGGGCUGGGGCUGGUGUCUCCUGCGCCCUCCUGCGGACGCACACAUUGUGGUGCAGACUACUGCUUUAUAUGAUGAUUUAAUGUGUGUGGGCUGCCGGUCUGGGGCUGCCGGUCUGGGGCUGCCGGUCUGGGGCUGCUUUAAAACGACACGUCGCUGGACCGGAGACCUGUGAAUAUGCAGUGCUGAAGCUUAUUGGCCAGCAGUAUUACUCCUGAGAAUUACAUUUUUAAGAAGUCGUUAGCAUUAAUUUAAUAGUUGUCUGGAAAACCUACAUGUAUUCAUUCAUAAAGUCUUUUUGUUUUGUGAGCAUUUGAGCUGUGCUCCUGCGAACCUGAGAAAGAUCAUCUAAUGGCGUCCGGUUUCUAUCUGGGGAGAAACAGAGUCUCUUUCACAGCAGACGGAAAUUCUGUGGUUUUUUUCCUCUGAGAACACAUGGAACACAAUACAGAGGUGGAAUGGAGUCAAGUACUAUAAAUUUACAUAGUAAUCCUGUGUGUGUGUGUGUGUGUGUGUGUGUGUGUCGUGCGCGCUUGCUUGCACAUGCGUGCAUGCAUGUUGAUGUGUAUGCACGUGCAUGCGUGUAGUUGUGUGUGUGUGUGUGUGUGUGUGUGUGUGUGUGUAUGGGGGGUUUUUAGUACACACAGUUGUACUCUAACCGUUUGCAUGUCGUACUGUGUUUAAUGUUUUUUUUCUUUAAGCACAAAGUACAUUGUAGAAAAUCAACACUUGCUCACAGCACAAGUAUACAGCAAAGGCUUUUGGGUAAUUUGAAACGAAACUAGAACUAGAAUAUAAUUUUCUAGAAUAAAAAUGUUGGGCUCACAUAUUUUACUUUUUCUUGUUGAACAUUUUCCCAUGAUGCCCAGGGAAGGGAUGCUGAUGUCUAUACUUGUACUCUCAACAAUCAAAGACAUUGAAAAAUGUGUGAAAGUGCAACUGCGUAUUUUCCCUCAUUGCGUAACAUACACACAUUAGAACAUGCAGCAGACUCGACUGGGGCUGCUGUAUAAAUGAAUGAGUUUGAUCCUGUAAUUUUAUGAUUUUCUCUUAUUGAAGUUAAGCUUCUGUUUUUGGCCCUUGAGGACAGGCAAUUAUGGGCUUAAAAAUGCAAAUAUGAACUGAGUGACAGGUGAGAUUGAUUGCUUUUCUCGUGAUCGUUGAAUGUGGGAUGUGGGGAAUGACAGCUGAGUCAGUUCCUCAUUUUCAGUCUGAACUCUGAAAUUCUGAAGUUGAAAUUGAGUUCAAAUCAUUCAAAGUGUGCAUGCUGAUUUAAAGGAAUACAUUUUAUUUGCCUGUUUUACUCAAGUUAUUUUCAUUUGGGUAAUGUUGAAACAGCAAGUUUGACUGAUUGGUACGGUCUUAUUGAUUUAUUUUUCCCUUCUCAUAACCCUGCUCCAUGGAAAAGUGCGAUUUCUGUCUCAGUGUAUUUGUCUGUGUUUGUCAUUGGCCUUUUAUGCACUGUAAUCAACACACAUUUUGUACUUAAAAUACAUUGUAUUUUGAUACUGUUCAUUUAAUUACCAAAAUUUUAUGUUUUAAUUCUGAAGUUGUUUUUUGCCUUUUUAAAUUGAGUGUAGCGAAGUCAUGGAAUUGAAAGCAAUUUAAUGAAAGUGAACGAGGAGACACAUAAGUCACAGGCUUCAGAACACAAAAACAAAGUGAAAAAAGAUAUCUGACUUAAAAUACAAUUCAGAUAAUUUAAAUUUAAUAUUUAUCUUUCCUUAUUUAUCAAAAAUGUGUUUGAAGUGUGUAUUUAUUGACAGAAAUAGUUCUGUAUUUAUUUCAUUUGUGUUUUAUACUUGGUGUGCUUUGUGUUUUUUUAAAUAAAUGUGUAUAUUUUGAACACGCUGGAA